CGUUGGUGUGACCUCAUGGAUUCCCUGGCAGAAUGCGGAGUGCUUUGGCGUCUCCUCCUUGACCUCGAGGACAAGAAGCUGCUGUGGCGGCUGGAGCUGCUGUACGACCUCCCCGAAGGCUGUGGCGGCUCGAGAUGGGAAGAGGUUCCAGCUGUGCUGAGUCCAACCUACAAGCAGCGGAAUGAAGACUUCAGGAAACUCUUCAAACAGCUUCCCGACACAGAGCGCCUCAUAGUCGAUUACUCCUGUGCACUUCAAAGAGACAUUCUCCUGCAGGGACGCCUCUACCUCUCUGAGAACUGGAUCUGCUUCUACAGCAAUAUUUUCCGCUGGGAAACCUUGUUGACCGUUCGUUUGAAGGACAUCUGCUCCAUGACCAAGGAAAAAACUGCACGGCUCAUUCCUAACGCUAUCCAAGUUUGCACUGACACUGAAAAGCACUUUUUUACUUCCUUCGGCGCCCGAGACAGGACGUACAUGAUGAUGUUCAGGCUCUGGCAGAAUGCCCUCCUGGAGAAGCCCUUGUGUCCGAAGGAGCUCUGGCAUUUUGUACAUCAGUGUUACGGUACUGAACUAGGGCUGACAAGUGACGACGAAGACUAUGUGCCUCCUGAUGAUGAUUUCAACACCAUGGGCUACUGCGAAGAGAUCCCAGUGGAGGAGAACGAGGUGAACGACAGCUCCUCGAAAAGUAGCAUGGAAGCCAAACCGGAGGCCAGUCCCCAGCUCCCCAAAAAGUCUGUCACCAAUAGCAGCACGUUGACGCCGACGGGAAGUACUGAAGCUCCGGUCCCAUAUGAAGGGAUAGUUCCUGAGGAACAGGAGGUUGUGGACAUCCCUUUAGAGAAGGAGCUGACGAUCGCAAACAUCAUUGGAGACAAGAUAGAGAUCAUAGCGCCCGUGAAUUCCCCUUCCCUGGAUUUCAACGACAAUGAGGACAUUCCAACUGAACUCAGCGACUCCUCGGAGACGCACGAUGAAGGGGAAGUUCAGGCCUUUUAUGAUGACCUGAAUGGUCGGCAGUACAUGAACGAAGUGUUCAACUUUAGUGUGGACAAGCUGUAUGACCUCCUCUUCACGGACUCUCAGUUCCUGAGGGACUUUAUGGAGCAGCGGAGAUUCUCCGAUAUCGUCUUUCAUCCGUGGAAGAAGCAAGAAACUGGAAAUCAGAGCCGAGUUAUCCUCUACACCAUCACCCUCACCAACCCUCUGGCCCCCAAAACUGCCACAGUCACUGAGACUCAAACAAUGUACAAAGCGAGCCAAGAGAGCGAGUGCUACGUGAUAGACGCAGAGGUGCUAACGCACGACGUCCCCUACCACGAUUAUUUCUACACGAUUAAUCGUUACACGUUGACGCGUGUCGCCAGAAACAAAUGCCGACUCAGGGUUUCUACGGAGCUACGAUACAGGAAACAGCCGUGGGGGCUAGUGAAAUCCUUCAUUGAGAAGAACUUCUGGAGCGGCCUGGACGAUUAUUUCCGCCACUUAGAGAGUGAACUGACCAAAACGGAGAGCACAUACCUAGCCGAGCUUCACCGACAAUCCCCCAAAGAGAAGGCAGGCAAGCAAUCCACGGUGCGCCGGAGGAAACGGCCCCACACGCACUUGCGGGGGCCGCACCUGGAGGAGGUGCUGAGCCCCGUAACCACUCCCACAGACGAGGAGGCAGUAGGUCGAAUCAAGCGUGUGGCAGGUUCCACACAAACACGGCACAUCCCCGAGGAAAGUCCCAGCGGCUUCCACUUACAGAGUGUCUCCAAGUUGCUGCUCAUUAUCAGUUGUGUGAUUUGUUUCAGUCUGGUGCUUUUGGUAAUCCUCAAUAUGAUGCUGUUCUACAAACUCUGGAUGUUGGAAUACACCACCCAAACCCUCACGGCGUGGCAGGGCCUGCGGUUACAGGAAAGGUUACCCCAGUCGCAGACGGAAUGGGCCCAGUUACUAGAGUCCCAGCAGAGGUAUCACGACACGGAGCUCCAGAAGUGGCGGGAGAUAAUCAAGUCAUCUGUGAUGCUGCUAGAUCAGAUGAAAGACUCGCUAAUAAACCUUCAGAACGGCAUCGGGUCUCGUGACUACCGGUCGGAGCCAGACGAGAAGCGGAAACGGUUCCACUAGCA